UUGUUUGAGUUGGAAGGGCAGGAAGACGCAACAUUCAGGCACCGAUUUGCGACUGAUUUAAUCACAGUUAGCUGCAGAUUCUUCCCUUUCCUUUCUCUCUAUAGUUGAUCAAGGAAAAUGAGUAUGGAAUUUGACGCUGACACUGUUUCAGCUCCUCGGCUCGUUGUAAUGAAGCGAGCAGAAGGGGGCUACGGGUUUAACCUUCACGGCGAACGAAAUGUUCAAGCGGGACAAAGUAUCAGCGCUGUUGACGAUGGCAGCGAAGCGCAGAAAGCAGGCCUUCGAGUCGGGGACAAAGUAAUCGAGGUUAAUGGUAUGAACAUUGAGAAUAUGUCUCACGGAGAUGUUGUCAAGCGGAUCAAGAUGAACUCAAACGAAGUUACCUUGUUGGUUUGUGACCAUAUCACCGAGGCGUAUUUGAAACAAGAAGGUCGCCCCAUCACCGCUGAUAUGGCUAAUCUUAUGACAGUUUAUCGGAGCAAACAAGUCAAGAGUGAGCCAGAACCAUCAGAGCCCCCACAACCGGUUGUUAUAGAAGAAGAACCUGUACCCGAAGUCCAAGAGUCAAACACAGUGGAAACAGCACCGACACCGAUUAUAACAGACGAAUCGAACGCGGUCGACAGUUCGACCUUGAACGAAGUCGAUUCCGCUGAAGUGGCGAACGAAGCAACUACACCCGAGGAAGUUAAACAGCUAAACGAGGUUUUGGAAAAGGAAGAGGAGUCGUUGCCCGCACCGACCACCAACGGCACUCUUAAUCACUCCGAACCCGAACCUGCUCCAGAACCUGCUCCUUCGCAACCAACUCAAGUAGUAGCUCCUCCUACUGCCACACACGCUCCGUUGCCAUCUAAGCCAACAUCUAAACCGCUAAGAAGCACGAUCAAACAGCAGAAAGUUGAGAGCUGGGAUGAAAAAUACAAGAAGUUCCAAAAUUUGUGAUUUCAUUCAUUAACACUGCGCUUAAGGAACCGGAGUUCUUUUCACGUUAUGGAAAUAGACGCGAAACACUGCAGUCGAAAGAUGGCUACGCACUAUACUAGAGCGGUGAUGUAUGUAAACUAAAUAUAACCUCGACGUUUUCCUUUGAAUCCUAAAAAGAAUUGAUAUUUUUUGAAAUGAAGUUUGUAGAACUAGUUUGAAGAGAGUACGCAUUUUUGUAUUAUCCAAGGUUAGCGAAGUAACUUCACUUCACGGCAUUCGAAUAAUAAAACUUGUAGUUUAACCUUGGAGUUUUUUUUUUUGGUAGUUUCUAGAAAAUCAUUGCAUUGUCAACCAGAGAAUUCUGAUUUCCAAGGCUUGUGAUUGUUCAGUACAGAUGUCAAUUUCUCGCUGCAGUCGUCACAUUUUGCUCAUAUUUAAACAUAGCUUUAUAGAUCUUUAUAGGAAACAUUUCAAAAUCGAAUGUUGAAGUGAACAUAUCUUGAGGCUUUGACAAUCCUCUAGAAGUCGCAAUAAAUAGCUAUUUCCACUCAAAUGAAUAUGAAUUGUUUACUCUCAGCUGGACGAUGGAUUUUGGCCAACUGUCUCGAGUUUUUUGAGCAAAAUAUUUUUACUAAUCUUGUCGUGGCAGAUGUUGGGUUAAAAUGCCACACAGUUUUUUUUUUCCUAUUCAGUUCCUCCUCUAAUGGACUCGACGUAGAAGUACAUUUUGAUAUCCUUUGCCCAUAAUAUAGCGUUGCAAAUUUUAUUUGUCGUUUUUGUAAUGAUAUUUCUAAUAUUGUCAAACUAUUUUGGUGCAUCCAUCUUGUUUUUGCAUCGUUUAUUAAACUAAUUUACGUUGGAAAAACAUGAAACUACAAGUAAUAAUAUCACUUGAUCGUGCAUUCGAAAUGUGAACUUAAGAAGCUCUUUACGGUGGCCGAUUUACACGUAAAUCAUAGUUUGUAGCCACGGACAAUUGUGGUGGUCAACUCAAACUUCGCCAUUUCAAGUUGUUGGCUUUCACUAGUCGCAAUUGAGCGUCGCUUUAUUACAAUCAGUUGAGAACAAAAAUAAUUAACGGUUUGUUUACUCCGUGACCUCGUAUCGCGCAAUAUUUAUUGGGACGAUAUUGCGACUUAUUAAAAUACCAACCAUAUUGCGAUAAAUACGUUCGUACAUUACCGCAAGCGAUGUACUUUCAGAUAGGUUUAAACGAAUUCGGGGAAAAUUAACCAAACUUGAUGUAGAUCUUGAAAAAUAUAUAUAUAUUCAUCCGGCUAAACGUAAAUAUAUUAUGUUCUUGAUCUUUUUAACACGCGAGGCUUAGUAAAUAGUACGUUUGUUUUACUCCUAAACUAUUCGAAACAUUUGUUUCCUACUGCGGUAUCGGCUUUCACGCACGGUUCUCUGUGUCGUUGUCAUAUAUUAUACUUUGUAAUAUUCAGCUUUUUCGUUCACCGAGGUAACCAAAAGCGCCCUUUUGUGGGAUAAAUUGACCUAUGUGAGACUGAAUGUUUUGCAUAACAAAAGAAUUCCCAGGCAAACUUUCGCUGUCAAAACGUGGCAGCAGUCGCUUCGUGCCCAGAAAAUUAUGAUAGUUACCAGAUAAUUCGAAAUUAGAUUUUAAUUUUAGGCCGGAAUAUAACAUCUGGGACAAUUUCCAUUAUAGGAUUUAAGAAAUUAGACCCCUAGAACAAUGCAGAAAAGAGCUAGCAUAUCACAUAGAAAAGAGUUAAUUUUUCAGAAGUGGUUAUCCUUGUUACACAACACCAAAAGUCUUACUUGGCUUGGGUACAACUGCUCCUUCCCAGAAAAAAAAAAUUGCAAAAGAGCAUCUGUUUUUUCAGUAAAAAAUUCGUUAUCAAAUACCAACUAAUUUUUCUUGGAAUUUGUCAGACAAUUUGAUUGUGAGGGGGUGACUUUCCUCAUAGACAAACUGAUUCCCUGUUUGCUGUACUGUACCAUUUGAAACAUGCAAGUAGGUGUGUUCUGUCUUCAUGCUGCUAAUUUAAAACUGAGGUUUAUCGCAUGGGAUAGAAAGCACUUUCUAUUGGGUUACCCGCAUAAUGACUCCCUUUGGGAUGUUGGAGAAUACAGUAAGCAUUUGUAAAUCACAAGCCAGAGGCUAUAGAGUAAUUUAUAAAAAAUUUUUCCUAUUCACCCAACAUCCCAAGUGGGUUAAUGUGCAGUCUACUGCUUUUAUAGAGUAAACUUUAUUGUUUCAGUUAUCUGUGGUUUACCAGUGCAAUAAAAAUGAUAGGUUUUUGACCAAUUGAGGUACUUAAGUUUUUCAGUUAUUUUGUAAAGCUUAAUGGUUGAAUUUGUUAUGUUUUUACAAUACUUUACAUCUUUGUAAAUAACCUUGCUGCUGCAGUAAACAAUCAAGCAUAUGUAUCUGAAAUCUAUCCAAUGCCACACAGCUACACCCAAUUACUCUGGCAACACCUUGCAUGGUUGAAGAAAUAAAUGACAUUAAGUAGGACUUUAAUUUCUUGUGGAAAUGUUUUAGAAAUAAAUUGUUUGUUUUCUUCAUGUUAA